AUGCAAGUGACAUCUCAUGUCACUCACAACCACAAGGAAGACGAUCCUGAACCAACUUCGAAGUCAAGAUUAAUGUACAAAAUAGACUCGUUCACUCUGCCACUUCCCUCCAAAUUGAACCUGACGACCUGUUACCAGAUGCGCUGGAUAAGACCACAGAAUACAAUAUCCUCAUACAUAGUAGCUACAAUACAACAGAUGGUUAAGGGCCUCGAAUCCCCAGAAGAAAACCUUACUCGCCCAUAUACCACGUCAGAACCCUCCCGUUUUCGCAUCCUCUUCUCCGUCUGCACAGGUGCAUUGCUUCUGACCGCAGCAGGCAUCCUAUCUGGACUAACGGUCACAACACAUCAUCUCACCCUAGAAGCAUGA